AUGACUUCAUCGGUGAUCUCUUCAUGUUCUAAUCUUCUAAAUUCUAGCAAGUCUUUCGAGACAACUCCUUCAGUUACAAAGAUGCCAAAGCGAGUGGUGAUUAAUGCAAGAUUUGAUCAAUAUAAUCGUGGUGGAAGAAGCGUGGAUGAGAAUAUGAUUGUUUUGAGAAUGCGCAUUAAAGAUAUGAAAUUGUUAGAAACUGAAAAAUCAGGACCACCUUCAAAUUGGAUGGGAUGGGAGAAGAAGUACUUUUCACAUUACAAUGAGGAUGUUUGUGAAGCUAUAGGAUUGUUACAGAUGUACUUGAUGGAAACUAGGCCAGCUUUGGCUCUGGGGAUGUUAGCGCUGAUUUGUUUGAGUCUGUCCCUUUCAACUUACUUUUUGCUCCAGCAAGUCAUCGAAAUGGCCAAGUUUAUUCUUCAAGCUAAAUUAACUUAG